AUGACGGGCGUACCGGACCUGAGCUGUGCGAGCGCUGUGAGCGACAGCCCCUGCGGGCGCGUGUCGGCGACGGGCUGGGCGCUCGCCAUCACCGCGGCGCUGCUCAACGGGUCGUUUGCGGCGUUCGCCAAGACGCAGCGCGUCCAAGCCGCCAGGGUGCCAGUGCAUGUGUUCUUUGCAUGGGCCUGCGUGGGCAUCACCGCCGUCAGCCUGCCCGCCGCGUGGCUCGUCGGCUUCCGGUGUGUGGGCGCGGCCUCCGUUGCAUCAGGCGCCCUGUUUGCGCUGUCAACCCUCUGUAUAUUCGGGGCGGUGCAGCUGUUAGGCCUGUCCCAGGCCGCCGGCGUCUGGUGCGGCGUCGCGGCGCUGGUCUCGUUCGCCGCCGACGCGCUGGCCCGCGGCCCCGGACCCGCCGCCCCCCACCCGCUGCGCGCCGCCGGCGCCGCAGCGUGCUUGCUGCUGGGCCUGUUGGGCGUCGCCCACAGCGCGCGCCUGCAGGGCUUGGAGGAGGCACGGGUCCGCGGCGGGCGGGCGCGCCGGCAGCAACAACAGCAGCAGCAGCAGCAGCAGCAGCAGCAGCAGCAGCAGCAGCAGCAGCAGCAGCAGCAGCAGCAGCAGCAGCAGCAGCAGCAGCAGGGUGGCACGGAAAACGGCCCCGCCCCAAGCCAGCAGCCCCAGUCGCCACCGGCGGAGCCCAGUGACCCCACCGCACCUGACUGA